UCAAGCAAAACUCAUUGCGAGAGCCAGAAAUAUCACGUAUUAUUUCCCAAGCGCAGGAACAAUCGACGAAUGCGCUCGGCCGACAGCGGGCGUGUUCAAAGGUUCGAUCCCUGGGGAGUAACCCCCAUGGGCGCCGUUGGUUUGGAGGCAAUUCAAUAUUCAUUUCAUGGUGUAGCUAGCACACAUGCUGUGUUUUCGGCGUUCUGGGCUCCGGCUUUGGAACGGGUUCCCAGAUAGCAGACGAGGGACCAGUCAAGUUGGGAGAUAUUAUUAAAAAAUAUUCUUACUCUCUCACAGUGACAAUCUGGCGAUCUGACGAUGUCGCGACGGAAACAAGCUCGGCCAAAGUCGUGUAAAUUAAGUGUUUCAGAAGAGGGUGACUGUCAGGAUGAACCAGUUGAGGAGGACAGCAUUUCUGUUCAAGAUGCUGAAGAAAAGAAGCUAUCAGAACAAGACUCGGCAGACCAGGCAACGGUGCCAGAUGGUGACGAUGUUGAAGACGAUGGCACCAUCUUGUCUGAUGAAGACCCGGUGGAGAUUGGAGCCCAGGCAUUCCACUGUGAAACCUGUAACACCAUAUUCGGGAGUCUUGACCAGUUCAUGGACCACUGCAACUACGACUGUGUUGGAGAGGCUCGAUGUAUUCAGUGGACCGUUGAAGACGGGACGUGCCUCGCCCGGUCUGGCACGCCAUCGUCAUCAUCAUCAGCAGACCUAAUUAAGACUUCGACCAUGGGUAGCCGUGCCUCAUCAUCGGUGCUGAAUACGCUCACACCCGAUCAGCUGCCCUUCUCCAUCAGUCUGUCGCAGACCAAUCCGUAUGCCUGUCACUUCUGUGAGAAGGCCUUUCCAAGACUGGGAUUUCUUAGGAUACACGAGCAGGUGCAUGCCGAUCUCAUGCCGUUCAAGUGUGUGCACUGUCAGCGCGUGUUCCGACACAAACGCAGCCUCGACCGCCAUGUCAAGCUACACACCGGAGACCGGAAGUACAAGUGUUCCCAGUGUGAUUCGGCGUUCGCAAGAAGUGACCACCUGAAGAGUCACCUACGGACCCACGAUGGGGCCAAGCCGUUCCAGUGUCCAAUCUGUAACCGUGGUUACAUGACGACCUCAUCGCUCGCGUCGCAUAUGCUGUCUCACAAACAGUGUCCAUCGUUGCCGGCCCCGACGAAGACUAGCAGCCACAAGGAGUACGAGUGUGUGCAGUGUCGGGAGUCGUUCUCCACCACAAGAGAGCUGCAGGACCACAUCCUCAUCCACAGCGUCGCGGUGAAGCUGGAGAACAUCCAGUGCACCACCUGCGGAGACAGCUUCCUGGGGCAGGAGGCUCUCGAUGUCCAUGUUAAGGAGGUCCACCACCACCACCAGCACCACCAGCAUGGUAAUAUAGAACUCAAGUGUCCCAUCUGUUACGACAGUUUUGUCGAGACAGAGUUGCUGUGCCAGCACAUGGAGACACACGUGGGAAGAGAUGAGCCUUUGAUUCCUGUGGAAAGAGCAGACACUUCAGUUAGCGUAGCGAGACCCGGUUCAGGGGGAGGUAAUUCUGUACUUACUGGAAACACCUCGACGGGAGAGCUGUUGGUGUGUCCGUACUGCAUGGGUGAUGACUACAGUACUAUAGAGAUGUUAGAGAUUCACAUGCAGAGUGUCCAUGGCGUGAAACCUACAGAGAUUUACACCUGCAACUACUGUAACGCACCAUACCCAAACCUGUACAGUCUGCACGAUCACAUGAAUGUUGUCCACAGGAACCAGCCGUGUAUGGAUAUCAAGUACCCAUGCAGCAUGUGCACCAAGCAGUUCCCAAGCAUUGAGAUGCUGAUAGAACACAAAAAGGCAUCACAUACAUUUGCUGACGGAGGAGCUCCCAUCAUAGACUCGGUCUACUGCAUGCAGUGUACUCUAGCAUUUCCAAACCCAGCCUCUUUAGAAGAGCAUAUGCUUCUGGUGCACUCGACACCAGUGGAAGAAAAAGUCAAAAUCAGUAAAUCCAAAGGCAAGAGGUCUUGGUCAAAGAGUCAGAAGGACUCACGACCUGUGACUUCUCCCAAGCAUGGACGUCUCAGUUCCAUUAUGAUGAGUCCGGAAGCAGUGAUGGACAGUGCCACGUGCGACCAGUGCAAUGCCACAUUCCAUGACCUGAACAACUUCCAAGCUCAUCUGAAGCUGCACAUGGAGUCAGCAAUGACCAAAUUCAGCUGCAAACAAUGCAGCCAGCAGUUCCCUUCCGAGGAACAGCUGGAGAGCCACUCCUCUGUGCACUAUCUCUCCAUGACGACCGAGUAUGGCUGCACGAGCUGCGUGAAACUGUUCUCUAAGCCAGACGAGCUGCAGAAGCAUCUGAUGGACAUCCAUGCUCACCAUCUGUACCGCUGCUCACUCUGCAAAGAGAUCUUCGACUCCAAGGUGAACAUCCAGGUCCACUUCGCAAUCAAGCACAGCAACGAGUGCAAGCUGUUCAAGUGUACACAGUGUGACAACAUAUUCCGGUCAGAGACCGAGUGGCAGGUCCAUAUCAGGGUGAAUCACCUGCAUAUCGCCAAGCCGUAUCGAUGCCUCUUCUGCCAGAACAGCUUCUGCAGCGAGAUGGAUCUCCAGUGUCAUCUCACGACCCACAGCAAGCCAUUUAAAUGUCCCAUGUGCAGCGAAUCCUUUCAUAUCGAGUUCCUUUUGGACCAGCACAUGCAGAGUGUCCAUGCUGACAAAGGAGAUAAUCUUAGUGGCGGUGAUGCUGCAGUGUUGUUGCAGAGUAAAAGCAAGAGCUUCAGUGCCUCACCAGUGGGUGUUAAAGUGAAGCACGAGAAAGAUGUGGAUGGUUAUCCAUCUCCGACUGGUAAAUCUCUGAACUCAUUCAGCCCAGUGAUGUCUCCGACACUGUGUUCUGCUUUAGCGUCCACAUCCGUGUGGAAGAGCGGUGACCCAAUGCAUAUCUGUAACAUCUGUGAUCAGAAGUUCACCAGCCAGGCUCUGCUGCAGGCUCACAAAAGCCAGGACCAUGGACUCAAAAUGCAGAAGUCUCCAGACACCGUGGCUAUGGAGGAAUUCAAUGCCAGUAGUACCAGCAGCCUUCAGAUAAGAAAUUCUGCACUCCUUUCAGCUCUGACUGGAGACCGCCAGGAGUCUUGCAUCUAUUGCAGCCACACAUUCAAGAACAAGGUGGAGUAUGAGAAGCACAUGAGGAUACAUCUGAGCUCGGAGAACCUCAAGUGUAAGAUCUGUGACAAGGAGUUCCCAUCUGGAAGCAUUCUUGCCGAGCACAAGCUCCAACACUGUAAAAUUCAGCAGGGAAACUGUUGUGUCGUCUGCAAGAUGGCGCUGAAGAGUGAGGACCACUUCUACAUCCACUCUCAGGACCAUGGUUACCAGGGCUCCCUUCUACAGUGCAUCAUCUGUAGGCAGACUCUGGCCUCUCUGGUUGAGCUGCAGAUGCAUGGGAAACAUCACUUCCAGUCCAAGCCAAACUUCUACACUUGCUGUGUGUGUCUCAAGAGCUUCGAUUCCAAGGAGAACUUGAUAUCCAAGCUUAACACAAGUGGGAGGACUUACUACGUCUGCAAGCCUUGUUACCAUGGUGAAUCCUCCGUUUUGAAAUGUGACCAGUGUUCUCUGUCGUUCACAACCGAGGAGAGUCUGGAGUCGCACAGGACUGAGCACAAGAAGCAGACGUUCCAGUGUAUAAAAUGUCAGGAGUUCUUCAGGACAGAGUACGAGAUCCAGGUGCACGUGGCCACACACAUGAUCCAGGAAGGAACCAACCACGAGUGCACGCUGUGUUCGCGGAACUUCGACCCAUCUAAGCUCCAGUGUCACCUCAUAGAGCACACGUACAAACAUUCCGAGAUGCGCUGCAGCAUCUGCUGCAAUGUGUUCCACUCCGCCGGCGAGAUCCAGGCUCAUGCGCUGGAACACGGAAUCCAGGCGAGGAAGUACGCAUGCUCUCAGUGCAACCAGAAGUUCUUCUUCAGUGCCGAGCUCGAGAAUCACAUGUCAUCGCAUAAAUUAUCCUCCAACAACAGCAUUCCGCUCUCUGUGUACCGAUACGACAGUUCCAUUUUCCCCAGGAAUGGAAGAGCAGACAACUCUUCUCCUAAGUCGCAGAAGGUGAAGAAUUCUGUGACGAAGAACACGGUAACGAGACUCGAGUGUACCGAAUGUCACGAGACGUUUUCCAGUUCUGGUCAAUUCCAGACCCAUCAGAAGCAGCAUGAGCAGGUGGAGAUGAUCAAGUGUUCUCUGUGUUCGGCAGUGUUCAAGGACGUCCUCACCAUGCAGCAGCACUUCUUCAGUGUCCACUCCAUGCUGGACGGCGAGGCGACCAAAAAGACUUUCCACUGCAGUGAGUGUGACAAAGACUUCCCCUGUCUGAGCAACCUGCAAGGUCAUAUGAGAAUACAUAAGACAGGAGCGAAGUUUCCCUGCCCGCUGUGUCAGAAGACGUUUGCCCUGUCUCGUAAUCUCACCAUCCACAUGAGAUCCCACAGCGGAGAGAGACCUUACGAGUGUGCAGUCUGCAAAAAAAGAUUCUCCAGAAAAGAAAAUCGUAAAACACACAUGAAAUCGCACUCUGGUGUGAGACCAUUUGUGUGUCCAAUCUGCCAGAAAUCCUUCACCAGGAAGAGUCACGUGCGUGAACACAUGAAACUGCAUUCUGAUUGGGAUGUUGGCAACAAGAUUGACCUAGCCUUGCAAGAUUUGGACAAUAACAGUGACUCCACCAGCACCAGUGAGGAAGCCAGUCAGAAUGGUCUGUCAGAGUUGUCUGAGCUUGAAUCAAAGGAGAACAAAGAUGGCAGCAUGAACACCACAGAUGGCAGUACCAAUGAAUUGGAGGACAGUACCAGUGAUAAGGGUGUACAGAAUCAUAUAUCAGAUGAAAUACCAGGACACUGAUUGAAGGACUGUAUUGUCCGACAGUACCAGUGAUACGGGUGUACAGAAUCAUGUAUCAGAUGAAAUACCAGGACACUGAUUGAAGGACUGCAUUGUCCGACAGUACCAAUAACAAGGGUGUACAGAAUCAUGUAUCAGAUGAAAUACCAGGACACUGAUUGAAGGACUGUAUUGUCCGACAGUACCAAUGACAAGGGUGUACAGAAUCAUGUAUCAGAUGAAAUACCAGGACACUGAUUGAAGGACUGUAUUGCACGACAGUACCAGUGACAAGAGUGUACAGAAUCAUGUCUCGAGGACAGUACCAGUGACAAGGGUGUACAGAAUCAUGUCACAGAUGAAAUACAGUGCAUUGAUUGCAGGACUGUAUUGUCUGACAGUACCAGUAACAAGGGUGUACAGAAUCAUGUAUCAGAUGAAAUACCAGGACACUGAUUGAAGGACUGUAUUGUCCGACAGUACCAGUGACAAGGGUGUACAGAAUCAUGUAUCAGAUGAAAUACCAGGACACUGAUUGUAGGACUGUAUUGUCCGACAGUACCAGUGACAAGGGUGUACAGAAUCAUGUAUCAGAUGAAAUACCAGGACACUGAUUGAAGGACUGUAUUGUCCGACAGUACCAGUGACAAGGGUGUACAGAAUCAUGUAUCAGAUGAAAUACCAGGACACUGAUUGAAGGACUGCAUUGUCCGACAGUACCAGUGACAAGGGUCUACAGAAUCAUGUAUCGGAUGAAAUACCAGGACACUGAUUGAAGGACUGCAUUGUCUGACAGUACCAGUGACAAGGGUCUACAGAAUCAUGUAUCGGAUGAAAUACCAGGACACUGAUUGAAGGACUGUAUUGUCUGACAGUACCAGUGAUAAGGGUGUACAGAAUCAUGUAUCAGAUGAAAUACCAGGACACUGAUUUAAGGACUGUAUUGUCCGACAGUACCAAUGACAAGGGUGUACAGAAUCAUGUAUCAGAUGAAAUACCAGGACACUGAUUGAAGGACUGCAUUGUCCGACAGUACCAAUGACAAGGGUGUACAGAAUCAUGUAUCAGAUGAAAUACCAGGACACUGAUUGAAGGACUGUAUUGUCCGACAGUACCAAUGACAAGGGUGUACAGAAUCAUGUAUCAGAUGAAAUACCAGGACACUGAUUGAAGGACUGCAUUGUCCGACAAUACCAGUGACAAGGGUGUACAGAAUCAUGUAUCAGAUGAAAUACCAGGACACUGAUUGAAGGACUGUAUUGCACGACAGUACCAGUGACAAGAGUGUACAGAAUCAUGUAUCAGAUCAAAUACCAGGACACUGAUUGAAGGACUGCAUUGUCCGACAGUACCAGUGACAAGGGUGUACAGAAUCAUGUAUCAGAUCAAAUACCAGGACACUGAUUGAAGGACUGUAUUGUCCGACAGUACCAAUGACAAGGGUGUACAGAAUCAUGUAUCAGAUGAAAUACCAGGACACUGAUUGAAGGACUGUAUUGUCCGACAGUACCAGUGACAAGGGUGUACAGAAUCAUGUAUCAGAUGAAAUACCAGGACACUGAUUGAAGGACUGUAUUGUCCGACAGUACCAAUGACAAGAGUGUACAGAAUCAUGUAUCAGAUGAAAUACCAGGACACUGAUUGAAGGACUGUAUUGUCCGACAGUACCAGUGACAAGAGUGUACAGAAUCAUGUAUCAGAUGAAAUACCAGGACACUGAUUGAAGGACUGUAUUGUCCGACAGUACCAGUGACAAGGGUGUACAGAAUCAUGUAUCAGAUGAAAUACCAGGACACUGAUUGAAGGACUGUAUUGUCCGACAGUACCAAUGACAAGGGUGUACAGAAUCAUGUAUCAGAUGAAAUACCAGGACACUGAUUGAAGGACUGCAUUGUCCGACAGUACCAAUAACAAGGGUGUACAGAAUCAUGUAUCAGAUGAAAUACCAGGACACUGAUUGAAGGACUGUAUUGUCCGACAGUACCAGUGACAAGGGUGUACAGAAUCAUGUAUCAGAUGAAAUACCAGGACACUGAUUGAAGGACUGCAUUGUCCGACAGUACCAGUGACAAGGGUGUACAGAAUCAUGUCUCGAGGACAGUACCAGUGACAAGGGUGUACAGAAUCAUGUCUCGAGGACAGUACCAGUGACACGGGUGUACAGAAUCAUGUCUCGAGGACAGUACCAGUGAUAAGGAUGUACAGAAUCAUGUAUCAGAUGAAAUACCAGGACACUGUUUGAAGGACUGCAUUGUCUGACUAUUGGGUGUAAAUAGUUGUCUACAUUGUGAUAAUAACCAGGCCAAUCUUUAAAUGAAAUUUGUUUUGCUGUAAUCCUGUUAACUGACCUCUCUUUUCUUUCUUUUUUAAAAAGCCAGACUUUCUUUAUAUUUUCCUAUUCCUGUUUUUGCUGAGGUGAAGGGGUUAAUACUAUACAAAGAAACAGUCACAAAUGUUUAAAAAAUGUCUUUCUUCAUCUAUUCAUUUUGAAACUGGUUCAACAAAGGCCAUGGUUUGUGCUAUCCUGCCUGUGGGAAGCGCAAAUAAAAGAUCCC